AUGGCGGCGCGGGGGUGGCGGCGGGCGGCGGCCGCUGCUGCGGGGCGGCCCGGCGGGGGCGGCCCGGGACGGGGCUCGGCAUCGAGUGCUGCCCCGGGACCGGCCCCGGGACCGGCCGCCCCCGCCGCGGCCGCGCUCUACGUGCACUGGCCCUACUGCCGCAAGCGCUGCUUCUACUGCAACUUCAACAAGUACGUGGUGCCGGCGGUGGACGAGGCGGCCGUGCGCGCCUGCCUGGUGCGGGAGGCACGCACCCUGCUCCGCCUUGGCCAGGUGCAGAGAGUCACCUCCGUCUUCUUCGGUGGGGGCACCCCCAGCCUGGCGAGCCCCCGCACCAUUGCGGCGGUGCUGGAGGCCGUGGCGGGGGCUGCCCACCUCCCUGCUGCUGCCGAGGUCACGCUGGAGGCCAACCCCAGCUCCAGCAGCUCCCCACGCCUCGCUGGCUUCAGGGCAGCUGGGGUCAACCGCCUCUCCAUCGGUGUCCAGUCGCUGGAUGACGCUGAGCUGCGGCUGCUGGGCCGGGAGCACACGGCUGCAGAGGCACGGGAGGCUGUGGAGGUGGCACGGAGGCUCUUCCCUGGCAGAACCUCCCUUGACCUCCUCUUCGGGCUGCCAGGGCAGAGCCAGAGCGCCUGGGCCCGGGGACUGGAGAUGGCGCUGGGGCUCUGUGAUGAUCACAUCUCCCUGUACCAGCUGACGCUGGAGCGGGGCACAGCGCUGGCGGCACAGGUCUUGGGGGGAUCCCUGCCCACACCCCCCCAGGACCUCCUGGCUGACAUGUACCACACAGCCUGUGCCAUACUGGUGGCCGCUGGCUUCCGCCACUAUGAGGUCUCCAAUUUUGCAAGGAAGGGUGCCCUCAGUGCCCACAACCUGUCGUACUGGCGGGCUGAGCAGUACAUCGGCGUGGGGCCAGGGGCCCACGGGCGGUUUGUGCCGUGGGCUGAGGGCGGCUGCAGCCGGGAGGCUCGUGUCCAGACGCUGGAGCCGGACGCCUGGAUGCAGGAGGUGCAGAGCCGGGGGCACGGCACCAGGAGGAGAGUGGUGCUGAGCCCACUGGAGCAGCUGGAGGAGGUGCUCGCCCUGGGACUGCGCACAGACGAGGGUGUCACGCACGAGCGCUGGGGGCACUUCUCCCCCCAGCUCAGCCUGGAGGCCGUGUUCAGGGCACCAGGAGAGGCGAGGACGCUGCAGCAGCAGGGCUGGCUGCUCCUGGACAGUGGGGGCCUGCGGUGCACCGCGGAGGGCCUGGCGCUGCUGGACUCGCUGCUGCCCGGGCUGCUGUGCCAGCUGCAGCAUGCCUGGGCCCUCAGCCAUGGCAGUAAGGCCCCAGAGAUGAGCCCCACGGCGGACAGGGCUGGUGGUGAGGCUGCUUGAACAAAGGCUGAAAGAUGGAAAAGCUCUGCUAGGUCUUUGUGGUGGUUUUGCUGUGCUGAUGUGCUUGCUUCAACAGUUUUGAGAGGUUUUGUGUGCACAGGUGGAUAAGAAACAAACCAUGUGGAUUGACUUAUAGUUGCCACAGGGGGUCUCAGAUAAGAUUCUGUCUGGGAUGUUUGGAGGGGAUGCAGAUAACCCAGCAAGACCAAGAUAAGAAACCUAAGAACUCUGUACAGAGUGAUGAGCUGAGACAAAGACCAUAUGUAGAAGAAGGAGCUGAGUGUUCAUAGAAAGGAUACUAAGAGACUCCUCUUCAGCAAACCACUGAGGACCACCAAAGACCCCACGGGGAACCUUCAGAGACCCAGGCCAUGUGUAAAUGUGAUAGGACAUGGUGUACAUAUGGCUGGGAAAUCUAAUGCAUAGGUAUGGAACAGGGAAUAUAAUCCUUGUACAACCCAGCAUGUGGGAUGCCUGUGUGCAAUAAACAGUGCCUGCCUUCUGACAGGUACCACAGACUGCUA